AUGGCAGCUUCGACUCUCACCAUGCCUGCGGUAGACUUCAAAGCUCCAGGAACCUACAGCAUCCGCCUUGGGAGCAGUUUUGGCGGGAAAGCUGGAGCACCGAAGAAGUAUCAGAGUGUACGAUACAAUCAUAGACCGACAUUACGACGUGAGGAGCAGAGCACGAGCAGGAUAAGCAGGAAUUCGGCGAAUACCGCGAGCGGGCUCUUGUUGCAGGAUGGCGAAGAUGAGUACAGAUAUACUGGCCAAGGACAAGAGGCAGAGGACAGCUACGUGCUCGUAAUCAAAGACGGCGAGGAUGCAGUACUGGAGAAGCUAUCAGCAGACUGGGUCUUCAACCUCACGACUACUCCGAUACAAUCCGAUGCCGAUGUGCUGCAGGAGCAACACACUCAUGUCAGCUUGAACGACGAGGUGGAAGAGGGUCUGUUCGGUGACCAUGAUGAGGGCAAAGAGGCGCCGCUAGAUCCAGACAACCCGUUCGACUACAGGCAUUACCUCAAGACGGCCUCCGAAGCCAAAAGUAGACCUGCCGAGACGGAAGGACCACGAAGCACACUCGGCACACCACAGCAUCCUCGGCCUGCGAGCGCGACUCCCAUCUCGCGACCUGUCAGACGGACGGCAGACUCAGCACUGGUGCCGCAAAAGAAAAGAAAGAUCCAGACGACUGCAGCAACCACUACGACCGCUAAGCGUACUAAGGUUGCUGACUCCCCUGCGACUGCCUCUGCCAAAACGAAAACCACCAAGACCCAGACUUCGCGCUCCAAUGAGCCACCACCAAAGAUCAGGGUCGAUCGUAAAGCGUCUCUUCGGCAACCAGAUGACGAAGAUGACAACGGCGAGCUAGUACUGGAAAAUGGAGACUCGUCAUCAAAGGGUACGAGCAGGAAUGCCAUGUCACUUGCUCUUAGCGGUCAGCUCGGUGAAGCUCCCAUAAGUCUACAGUCAGCAGCAAAUACCCCCAACUCCCACAUCGCCGGCUCUCCAGCUCCCAUACGACCAGACGAGAUCGAAGAAGCAGCAGAAGAAGAAGAAGAAGGUGAAAGGACCUUCACCUUCGAAAUGGGCAGCAGUCCCGAACAUUUCGGCGCCAACCCAUCACGAAAUCCUCGUGGCCAUAACGACGAAGACGAUGAUGCGGAUGUGGAGGACCUUGAAUUACCUUCCCCUGCUGCGGUACAUAAGCCUUCGAUUAGCGCUGCGACUGUUACGAAUGCUACGGCGGGAGGUGACGAGGAUGAUUUGGAUGCGCAGUUGGCGGCUGCGAUGGCGGAGGAGGAGGGGCCGGGGGUGGUGGAGGAUGAGGAGGAGAGUGAGGAGGAGUAG